AUGGAGCGUAGCAACAGUCAAACCUCCCGCCUAUCGCAAUUAUCGGUCGUCUCCAUUACGAGCGAGAAGCCCCGAGAAACAAACUUCGAGAAUCCGCCGCACGAGCUGCUGCAGAACAACGGUAAGGUGUCAUCGGAUCCGCCCAAGGGUGGCCCGCAGAAUGUGGCUCGCAUCACUAACGCGGUCAUGUACGGCACUAUCAACUCCAUCCUGACCAUCCCCACCAUGUACGGAUACGCCGUUAUUCUCUUCAGUCACAAAGACUUCGUGGACUUCAUGCCGGCGCUAUCAAAGCUGGUCAUCUUCUCCAGUGUUGUGCAUCAGGUCAUGUUCACGCUCAUGAGCUCGCUGCCGUUCUCCAUCGGACAGGUGCAAGAUGCCGGUCUCAUCUUUCUCAGUGCCAUGUCCACUUCGAUCUGUGACUCUCUGGGCAACGACGUGCCGCUGGAGGCCAAAGUGACCACUUCUAUCAUCAUCAUCGGUAUUGCUACUGCAUCCCUCGGUGUGUGUCUUGUGGUCAUGGGUAAACUGAAGCUUGCUGCACUCGCGUCGUACCUGCCGAUGCCCGUGAUCGGUGGCUACUUGGCCUUCAUCGGCAUCUUCUGCUUGUACGCUGGUCUCGCGUUGUGUACGGGUCUCGUCGUGAACGAUAUGGAGUCCAUGAUCAGCGUCUUCGGCAAUGCCCACAACGUUCUGUUGUGUGUCCCGGGUGUCCUUGGCGGUGCUUUCCUGCUGGUUGUUUCGCAGCGUUACGACAACUCGCUCAUCCUGUCUGCUGCGAUCAUGAUUAUGCCCAUCGUCUUCUUCUUCAUCAUGUUGGUGGGCGGGAUUUCCAUGGACGACGCACGAGAUGGAGGCUGGAUUGACCCGGCCAAAGACCCCGCCACCGUCUCUGAGCUACUCGACCUCUUCGACUUCAAUGAGGUUCACUGGGAACAACUACCCAAGCAGUUUGGCACGUGGAUCGGUAUGGUCUUCAUCGUCGCGUUCUCGUCUUGUUUGGAUAUCGCCGCUAUCGAGCUCGACAUGGGCAUCAAACUAGACUUCAAUCACGAACUCACGACCGUCGGCUGGUCCAACGUCGUGAGUGGCUUAUUGGGAGGAUACACGGGCUCCUACAUCUUCUCGCAGACCAUCUUCACGUACCGUUCCAAGACCAACUCGCGCAUUGUUGGUGUGUGCGUGAUCAUUUCCGAGUUCGCUAUCGUCCUGGCACCUGUAUCUGUCAUGAGUUACGUGCCUCGCUUCUUCUUCGCCGCCACGUUGAUCUUCAUCGCCAUCGACCUCAUGAUCGAGUGGCUCAUUCUUUCAUUCAAGAAGAUGUCGUUGCGUGAGUAUGCGGUACUGUGGAUGACAUUCGUUGCUGUGAACAUUGUGGCGCUGGACGAAGGCAUGCUCAUUGGUGUGGGCAUUGCUAUCGUCAACUUCCUGCUGGACUAUAUCCGACUGCCUGUUGUAAGUCGGAAGCCUCGUGCGUCCGGUGCGACACGCACUCUCUUGGAGCGCAGAGUGUUGGACCAGAAGCAAGAUGCGAUCGCGUACUUUGAGCUGAGCGGCUUUCUGUUCUUCGGUUCGUCCGUACAGAUCCUUGACAUUGUCCAGAAGACAGUCUAUGUGCGUAGGAAACUACCGGGUAUCGCUGGAUAUGAUCCUAAUGAACUUCGGAUACCCUUGGUCGAGUGUCUAGAUGGAACUCCUGCUACCGACCCUGCUGCAGUUCCGACCGAGUACGUCGUCAUGGACUUCACGAACGUCGCGGCGAUAGACGCGACCGCCGCACGCAGCGCAUUCCUGAUCCUGCAGAAGUACUGCAACAACCACGGCAUCACCAUCGUGUACGCUGGUACGCUGCUCUCGGUCAAGAGCGUGUUGGUCAAAAACAAAAUCACGAGCGAGGAGAGCUUCUAUUCGAGUGCAGACUCAGCCCUCGAGCUCUGUGAGAGUCAACUUUUGGCCAGUGCCGCCAAUGCGUUGUCGACACCAGGCCGCAGCAGUAUCCGCCACGGCAACGGCAUUCGUGAGUUGCUGCAAUACGUUGCUUUAGAGUCCGACGACUAGAGCACUGCCGUCAUUUUUUUUAUUUUCAGAAAUUCGAAGUGGCCAUCGUUUACAACACGGCUUGUGAUACAAACACAGAUAAUAUUCAGCAAAGCGAAACUCCGGUAAUCUCAUAAAUUUGUCCGAUAUCCAUAGUCGAAGAGAAGUUUGUAGCAAGCGUUUAUGGUACG